CUUCUGAUCAAUCUUCCAGCUCUCAACUCUCCCAGCCAUGUGAACGCGGCCUAAUGGCGCUGUGUGCCCUCGGUCUGGUGACGGGAGACUCGGCGCUAGCAGGGGCUGCACUCGGGGAACUGAUGAAGCUUGGAGGAGAAGGUAAUAAAGACCUGCAUUACGAGAUCUGCUAUCUUUUCUCAAGAUUCUACACUCUUCAGGGUGACCCUCGCCUCGGUCUUCGUCAUAUUGUCAAGGCUGUCCAUCGGCACCCGGACCGUGCGGAAUUAUGGGAUCAGCUGGCGGCCUUUAUCGUACAAGUCUGUCCUGACGAUCUGCAGGCGGCUUCACGCUGUGCAGAGGGUACAGUAAAGCUCGAUCCUGUCACUGAUGGGACAAACCGCACUUUAUAUCCUGCGAGUAUCUUGGGUUCAGGCACACUACCCACCACAGGCGACCCGCCCCUCGACGCUUCAAAUCUAACAUCGCGUUCAACGUACGCUCUGCGUGCUUCCCAGAAGGCUCUGCGCAUGUACCCUGGACACGUGACCAACUGGGCUGUUUUUGUCUGCUGUAACUGCCAAUGGUAUUGCAGUAGAGAGCGUGACUAGCGAGAAAGGUUUACACCGCCUGGCUCUGAAGUUAUCAAGAUAUGUCAGUGCUAAAGGUACCAUAGACCCGCGGGUUUGUCGUUCGACCUUCUUUAGAAGCAGAUUAACCGACAGACGUAGGGACAGGGAAUUCAAAAGGUUGGAGUAUU